CGAGACCCACCGACGAACCAACUUCCUCCUUCCUCAACCCACCGCCUGGAAUCCCGAACCCGAGAUCCCACAACUCUCUCUCAUUGAUAUGACACUUCCGCACACUGUCCUGAACUCAUGAUACUUGUGCCGAUGGGGCCGCCCGACUUCAGCGACGGCCUCUGGGCCGCGGAAUCGCAAAAGCCCAUGUUCGAGACGGGCUCCUUCACCGGCUACCGUCCCGUCGUAUCCGAGCUCGGCCACGGCUAUCUCACAGCGGCGACCGUCUUCAGCCAGCCGCUCUGUGGCAACGAGGAGGGUUGGGGGCCGCUGAGCCCGUUCCGAUAUGACUUCACGCCGUGUUUUAUCGACGUAUGGGUCGCCACGGUCGCCGCGUUCGGCAUUGUCGUGGGCGCCAUUGCCGUGUGGUGGCUUCUGAAGAGGAAGCAGCCAACUCCCGUGUCGAAAGACUGGCAUUUCUGGACCAAGCAGACUCUCCUCGGCCUCAUCAUUGCCGACGUUGCCGUUCAACUCGGGUUCCAGAUUAGCAGCUACCCGGAUAUCUGGUUCGGGGACUUCAGGGUCUACACCACAGCGGCCACGAUUCUCUCCCUAUCCGUGAUCUUCGCAAUUCAGUGGCUCGAGCACUCCCGACUGCGGAACGCCAACGGCGUCGUUUUGUUCUACUGGCUGUUUCUCCUCAUCGCGCUCGCUGUCAAGCUCCGGUCUCUGAUCUCGCAGCAAAUUUACGUCACGGGCCUGCCUUAUUUUGUUACUUACUGCGUUGGCUUUGGGCUCUCCGCUGUCGAGUUCUUCUUCGAGUGGCUGUGGCCCAAGAAGAACAGCACAUAUGAGGCCCUGGUCGACGAGGAGGAGUGCCCAGCCGAAUACGCCACCGUAUUCUCCCUCCUCACCUUCUCGUGGAUGACCCCUUUGAUGAAGUUUGGCUACUCCACAUUCUUGACCGAGGAGGACCUCUGGGGACUGCCGAAAAAGGAUACGACCAAGGCCACCGGCGAUGCCUUCGAAAAGUCGUGGGCGUACGAGCUGGCGCAUCACAAGCACCCCUCGCUCUGGCGUGCCCUCUUCGGCGCCUAUGGCGGCCCUUACCUACUUGCCAGUGUCUUCAAGAUCGGCAACGACAUUGCGCAGUACACCCAGCCGCAGCUUCUGCGAUUCCUGAUCGCUUUUAUUGCGUCGUAUCGUGACGGAGAGCAGCCGCAGCCCGUGAUCAAGGGCGCUGCUAUUGCGUUGGCCAUGUUUGCCGUCGCCGUCUUCCAGACCACGAUGGUUCACCAGUACUUCCAGCUGGCCUUCGUCACAGGCAUGAGGAUCAAGAGCGGCCUGACAUCCUCCAUCUACAAGAAGGCGUUGAAGCUGUCGAAUGAGGGCCGGUCGAGCAAGACCACGGGAGACAUCGUGAAUUACAUGGCCGUCGAUGCCCAAAGGCUCCAGGAUCUCACGCAGUUUGCUCAGCAGAUGUGGUCGGCGCCGUUCCAGAUCAUCAUUUGCAUGGUCUCGCUCUACCAGCUGGUUGGAUGGUCCAUGCUGGCCGGCAUUGGCGUCAUGAUCAUCAUGAUCCCAGUCAAUGGCAUGAUCGCGCGCUUCAUGAAGAGGCUGCAAAAGCAGCAGAUGAAGAACAAGGAUGCGAGAAGCCGCUUGAUCGCCGAAAUUGUCAAUAACAUGAAGAGCAUCAAGCUCUAUGCUUGGGGUGCAGCGUUCAUGAACAAGCUCAACUACAUCAGGAACGACCAGGAGCUGAAGAACCUGCGCAAGAUCGGCGCCGGUCAGGCCUUCGCCAACUUCACCUGGUCGACUACUCCGUUCCUCGUCUCUUGCUCAACAUUUGCCGUGUUUGUGCUUACCGGCGACCAACCUCUCACGACGGACAUCGUGUUCCCCGCUCUAGCCUUGUUCAACCUCCUCACCUUCCCGCUUGCGGUUCUCCCCAUGGUCAUCACCUCGAUCAUCGAGGCUAGCGUUGCCGUUGGCCGCCUCACGUCGUACCUGACGGCUGAAGAGAUUCAGCCAGAGGCCGUCAUCGUGAAGCCGCCAGUCGAGGCUGCAGGCGAGGAAACCGUGCUGAUCCGUGACGCCAGCUUCUCCUGGAACCGGCACGAGAACAAGACCGUUCUGAAGGAUAUCCACUUCAGCGCCAGGAAGGGCGAGCUGUCCUGCAUUGUCGGCCGCGUGGGCGCAGGCAAGAGCUCGUUCCUGCAGAGCAUUCUCGGCGACUUGUGGAAGGUCAAGGGCGAGGUCGAGGUCCACGGAACGGUGGCCUAUGUCAGCCAGUCGCCCUGGAUUAUGAACGCCACGGUCCGUGAAAACAUCGUCUUUGGUUACCGCUACGACUCAAACUUUUACGAGAAGACGGUGAAGGCCUGCGCGCUGCUGGAUGACUUUGCCCAGCUCCCUGACGGAGAUGAGACGGUCGUGGGCGAGCGUGGUAUUUCGCUGAGCGGCGGUCAGAAGGCCCGCGUUGCUCUGGCGAGAGCUGUGUACGCGAGAGCGGAUGUUUACCUCCUCGAUGACUGUCUCUCUGCUGUCGAUUCUCACGUUGGCCGCCACAUCAUCGACAAUGUUCUCGGUCCCAGAGGGCUGCUCAGCUCCAAGACGCGCAUUCUGGCGACGAACUCGAUCCCUGUCCUUGUCGAGUCCGACUACAUUUGCAUGCUCAAGGAUGGCGAGAUUGUCGAGAAGGGGACGUACCGGCAGCUGACCGCCAUGAAAGGCGCCGUCUUCGAGCUGAUGAAGACCGCUGGGCAGAACGAGUCGGGCCCGAGCUCCCAGGCUGCCUCCCCGUCUGGCAGCGACAGCGAAACCUCGACUGUCAUCGAAGCUGCGAGCAGCAGUCAGGAGAAAGAGGAACUGGAAGAAGCUCAGGAGAGUCUGGGCGCACUCCAGUUCAUCAGGCCCGGCCCCGGCAGCUCUUCUUACCAGGGGCAGAAGCCGAGGACGGGAAGCAUGGCUACCUUGCGGCGGCCUAGCACAGCCAGCUUCAGGGGCCCUCGGGGCAAGCUUCACGACGAGGAGAACCCGAGCAAGACGAGGCAGGCGAAGGAGCACUCUGAGCAGGGCAAAGUGAAGUGGUCGGUCUACGCCGAGUACGCCAAAACCAACAACCUCGUCGCUGUCGCCGUCUAUCUGUUUACUCUCGUUGCCGCGCAGACGGCGCAGUUCUCUGGAAGCAUUUGGCUCAAGCGGUGGGCCGAGAGAAACGCCGAGGCCGGCGGCAACCCCGAGAUUGGCAAAUACAUCGGCAUCUACUUCGUAUUCGGCAUCGGCGCCGCCGCGCUCACGGUCGUGCAGACCCUCAUUCUGUGGAUCUUCUGCUCCAUCGAGGCAUCGCGCAAGUUGCACGAAAGGAUGGCAACGGCAAUCUUCAGGUCUCCCAUGUCAUUCUUUGACGUUACACCGGCCGGUCGCAUCCUGAACAGGUUCUCGAGCGACAUCUAUCGUGUCGACGAGGUGCUCGCUCGGUCGUUCAACAUGCUGUUCAACAACCUAGCCAGAUCGGCCUUCACCCUCGUGAUCAUCUCCGUUUCCACACCGCCUUUCAUCGCCUUCAUCAUCCCGCUGAGCGCCAUGUACCUCUGGAUUCAGCGGUACUACCUGCGGACAUCGCGAGAGUUGAAGAGACUGGACAGUGUGAGCCGGAGCCCGAUCUACGCGCACUUCCAGGAGUCGCUAGGGGGCAUCUCCACCAUCCGUGCAUACCGCCAGCAGGACCGAUUCGAGCUCGAGAACGAGUGGCGGGUAGAUGCUAACCUUCGGGCCUACUUCCCCUCCAUCAGCGCCAACCGGUGGCUAGCGGUGAGACUGGAGUUCAUCGGCGCCGUUGUGAUUCUGGCUGCCGCGGGCUUCCCGGUCAUCGCGGUGGCCAACGGCAGAAAGCUGAGCGAGGGCAUGGUCGGCCUGGCAUUGUCUUACGGCUUGCAAAUCACCACGUCUCUCAACUGGAUCGUGCGCCAGACGGUCGAGGUCGAGACCAACAUCGUGUCCGUAGAGCGCGUCCUCGAGUAUGCGCAGCUGCCAAGCGAAGCGCCCGAGAUUAUCCACCGCUGCCGGCCGCCUGUGAGCUGGCCGUCGCGUGGCGAAAUCGAGUUCCACAACUACAGCGCGCGGUACCGGGAGGGCCUCGAUCUCGUGCUUAAGAACAUAAACUUGGAUAUCAAGUCGCACGAGAAGAUUGGCGUCGUGGGACGCACAGGCGCCGGGAAGUCCUCCUUGACCCUGGCCUUGUUCAGGAUCAUCGAGCCGGACACGGGCUACAUCAGCCUCGACGGGCUCAACACGUCGACCAUCGGCCUGCUGGAUCUGCGGAGGCGUCUGGCCAUCAUUCCACAGGACGCGGCUCUCUUCGAGGGAACCAUUCGGGACAAUCUGGAUCCGGGGCAUGUCCAUGAUGAUACGGAGCUAUGGAGCGUUCUAGAACAUGCUCGGCUGAAAGACCACGUCGCAUCCAUGGAGGGCGGUCUGGAGGCCAAGAUACACGAAGGAGGCUCGAACCUCUCUCAGGGCCAGCGCCAGCUGGUGUCGCUCGCGCGGGCCAUGCUGACGCCGUCCAACAUCCUGGUCCUCGACGAGGCCACUGCCGCCGUCGACGUGGAGACUGACGCGAUGCUCCAGAACACGCUGCGCGGGCCGCUCUUUGCCAACCGCACCAUCGUCACGGUCGCGCACCGCAUCAACACGAUCAUGGACAGCGACCGCGUCGUGGUGCUCGACAAGGGCCAAGUGGUCGAGUUUGACACCCCUGCGGAGCUGAUCAAGAGGCGGGGUGUGUUCUGGGGGUUGGUGAAGGAGGCGGGGUUGUUGGAGGAGUGAGGUGCGGAUGCUUUGUGUGUCUAC